UAGUCCUGCAGUGACUGAGGAGCCAUUGCUAACAUAGUGUUGCCUGGGCACCUGGAAGUGGUCUAUGUGGCUAAAAAACGCAUUAGUGCUAAAACAGAAGUCAGUGGCAUACAGGCUAUUUGAAUUUAAUGCAGGUGAUCCAUUUGGCUUGUAGCAGAACGGAUUGGAUCAUAGAGGUGUUUGACUUCCUGUGUGUGUCGCGGUGUAUGAACGAGACGGUGUCACAGCAUACAAGCUGCCAAAUGUCAGAGCUGAACUCAUUGCUGUACUGAGAUCAUCACCUACCAAUCGCUGCAGUGGGAGGUGCAACGGUUCUUAAAAACACGGCUCGCUAGAUAAAAUACAAAGCAUUUCCGCCUGACUCCGAAUCACCGUCUACAACGGAUCACUCUGAGCUUGGCACUUGAAAAGGGCUGCACCAGAAUGAAGAACCUGCUUCAGUUCUUCCUCUGUCUCAUCAUUGUCCUCAAAACAAGUGGGGCUGAUGAAGUGAUUUAUCGUCGUGUUGGAGAAAGGGCUGUACUGAAUUCUCCAGGCCUCCCUCAACAAUAUUACGUAAGCUGGUUCUUUGAAAGAGGCCCUGAGAUUGAAAUUGCCGACGUUUCCUAUUUUGGUAGAAAACAUGUUAAUCCAGUUUCUGGCGAAAUCUGGACCAGCAGGUUGUCCAUCUCUUCCAAUAGUCUGAUCAUCAAUAACAUGCAAGAGGAAAACUUUGGAACCAUCGUCUGCAAAGUGAAAGAUGGUACUAAUCUAUAUGCCACAGUAAAAUUUCACCUGAUCAAAGUCAUGGUGAGUAUGGAGGAACAACGACCAUUCCUGAUCCCUGGACAUCGUCUGUCUCUGAACUGCAAUGCUGAGACUAAAAGAAGACCCUCAGUUUAUUGGAUAAAACCAACGGGCAACAAAGCAUCUCCUAUCCAAGGAUCAGUCACAAAGAAAGCUGAAAGCCAAGACAAUGGAAAUUGGGAGUGUGUUGUGAAAGACAACGGAAAAGAGAACAAAUUCGAAUUUUUUGUUUCUGUUGUUGACUUCUCCUCUGCUUCCAAAUAUGUCUACACAUCUACAAACCUCCCUCUUAGCAUUCCUUUUUGGAUUACUCCCAAAGAGUUUGUGCAAAAAAUAUUGUCCAACGUUCAGACAAUUGAGUGGCUCUUCACCCCGAAAACAUCUUCCAAUCAACAGACUAUCUUCUCCUUCUCAUCAAAGGAUGGACAGCUGAAACAGGAGAAUACAGCCAGAGAACUGAGCUAUAAAAACUUCACAGAUGGUGGAAAUUUUUCAUUGCACAGAAAUCUGGCGAGGGUAGAAGACAGAGGGACCUACAACUGCUCCAUCACAUUUACAAAUGGCUACGUGCUCAGCAGGAGUCUGGUUGUAGAUGUGCUGGAAAUCACCCCCUCCCCAGGAACGGAGUUAAUUUCAGGCCAUCACCUGAACCUGUCCUGCUCCACCGGCGGUCCUCUGGAAACUGGCGUCACGGUGAAAUGGGUCCCCCCUGAUACAUCAUCCUUGGCGAAAGCCGAUUUUUUGUCCGGUCACCUCAUCAUCACGAGAGUGGGAACGGAGGACUCUGGAAAGUGGAGGUGUGAUCUGAGGCGGAACACGACGACGCUGACGUCAGCUGUGAUAACUCUGAAGAUCGAUCCCAUUCUCACUGUGUGGAUGAUAGUGACCAUAUGCGCCGCUGGAAUCAUCCUAAUCCUCCUCCUCAUUCUAGCUUUCAUCCUCUUCAGGCGCAGACAGCGGAAGAUGAGACAGUUAAGGCAUCGACUCUGCAAGUGCAAAAACCCAAAGCCAAAAGGUUUCUACAAGGCCUGACAGUUGGGAUGUUAACAGCAGGACAUCAGGGCGUCAUGCAAACAAUUCUGUCCCAAACGGACCCUCGUCGUUUCUGAACUGUGCUAACUCUCUUUCAUGUGUUGAAGGAGAGACAGAAGAGAUGGAAACUUGUAGACAUCGCUAAAAUGAAAAAAUAGAGGAAACAAAUGUAAAAAUUGUACAUAUCAAUCACUUUUUCUUACCUUUCUGGACUGUUUUUUACUGAUAAUGGUCAUUUCAACCAGAUCAAAUAUUUGCUGUUUUUAACUUGGCAUCUUAAUGAAAAUGAGUCAGCUUUGAAAAAGUUUUAACUACUUUUCCAACAAAUGAUUUUCAGUAAUUUUUUAAAAUGUGACUUUGGUAAUUGAUAUACAUCAACCAGAGAUCAGUUCUUGCUACUUUGGCUUCAUCAGUGAUCAUAAUUUUGCAUAUUUUGCAAAAGUAAACUUUGUCCAACAGGAAGAAGAACUACAAUCAGUGGAAAUACAAUAUAAUUUAAAUUUUUCAGAAAAUAAAAUACUAUACAAUUUGAUUAUACAAAUGAUUUGAACACACUGAACAAUAUUUAUUGUUAUAGUUUGUAGAAAUAAAUAAAAACUUUGAGAUUUAAACUGA